AAUAUAAUUGUACGCUUACACUGUUGCUAUGCAACAAUAUAAACAAUUGAAAUUAAAAGAAGGCAAGAAAAUACGACGAUGGAAGCCGACGCUUUGCAUUUAAACAUCGAUUAUGUCGGCAGUAGUGGCGUUAUUUUGAGCACGGAACAAAAGGCUGCCUUUCAAUCGUCGCUGGUGAUUUUGAAAAGUAACUAUAAGUACAAGAAAGUAUUUUUUUGGGGAAAAGUUCUCGGCGUUAGAGAUGACUAUUUUAUCGUCGAAGGUAUCGGGAAAGAUGAAAUGACUGACAGACAUCUUUUAUACAGCGUGGAUUGUGUGAAAUGGGGUCUAUUGCCACAUGUUACAGAACAAAUGAAAGCAAAUUGUGCUUUUGUAAAAGGCCGCUUCACUGGUGACCCCUCAUAUGAGUAUGAACACACAGAAACAAAACGAAAUGAGGAAAAGGAAACAGAUGCAGACCUUGAAGAAGAAAAAACAGUACUUGUUAAGGAAGAGGACAGAUUGGCGACAGUCAUUGCAGCUAUCAAUUAUGAUGUGGCCAUUGUACCCAGGGGUUCAUUUCUAAGAUCUGCUGAUGGCAACAUCUACUCCAAUAGAAGUUUUGAAGGACUAACAAUGGCCGAUGCAGCAAAACUUUGCUCCUACUUCCAUUUCCGCGAACCCAUCCUCUUAAAUCAGAAAAGCCUGUUGCAAAAGGCCUCGCUCGACAAAAGUAUUGAUUUUCUUGAUCCAAUCGAUGCGGACGUUCCAAAUGGAGGUUCAUGGAGUAUUCAAUACGAGAAAGGUUGUGGAUUGGUUACAUUAAGAAGCUUACACUGGCUAGGUUUCGUCUUUUAUCAUGUUCCCGAAACCAGAAAGUUCGGACGCAUUUACGUUGGUACAGGAGAAAAGAACUUAGAUCUACCAUUCAUGUUGUAAAUAUGUAUCAAAGUUUAAAUGAACAAUAUCAUAAAUUGAAUAAUAAAUGAUAAAUACAGGUA